UGUCAAGUCAACCAGCAUUUUUGUUAUCAGCGCCUGCUUUUCCCAGUUUCUCUUUUUCUUGCCCUCCUGGUUUUGACCCUUGCCUGUUCAGACUCUGAGCCCGCCUGCCUGACCAUUCUGCCUGUUCCAGAUCAAAACUCCAGACCUACAACCUAAUUAUGACCAAAAUUAACCGGAACGAUUACUGCUACUAAAUUUUCCUUUUCCAAGCCAUACGGAGGGUGCUCUAGCAAACAAACAGCAGAGACCUGAGGACACCAUCCAACCUGGAACUGAGUGACCUAAACUGGGACAUGCUUAAACCACCUGACCAAGUUCUGAAGCAACGGGACUCCCUAAAUCCUUCUCAGAGUAUUACCAAUCCCACAAGAUCCCCGGCUUGCGGUUACAGAUUGGGACAGACUCGUUGAGGAGAUCAGGAGUUGUAGGACUUCUUCGCCCCAGUACUUCUCGUCGAUGGCAGACUCCCGAGAAAGAAGGAAAACUGGCGAAGAUGAGCCUCAGGGUGCAGUCGGGGGUGAAGAUGUCAACGACGAGAGAAUUAUGGAACAAGGAGCUAUUGUUUUAAGAGGGUAUGUCAUAGAGAGGAUCGGUGCAGAAAACCCAGGGAGGCAUUUGGCUCCAGAGGACCUUGGUGGCAGACCCAACGAACAACAGGACCACCAAGUCAAAAACAUGGUACAACAGCUGCUGCUGAUCGCUGAUGACUUGAACAGAAAUGCUGAGCUACAACACCUAAUAAACAGAGUCCAGGUAAACUGUGCCCAGGAUGUGUUCUUCUCAGUGGCCAGGGAAAUCUUUGCAGAUGGUAUCAACUGGGGCAGAGUGGUCUCCCUGUUUCACUUGGCCUACAAGCUUAUUUACAAGGCACUGACACAGAACCGCUUAGAAAGCAUCAAGAUGGUUAUUAACUGGGUAUUACAGUUCAUCAGGGAAAAUGUCUCCGCUUGGAUCCGACAGCAAGGAGGAUGGGAGGCGGUUAUUAGCACCGUGUCACAUUGGCGCACGGCGUCGCUUGUGGCUGCAGUGGCUUUCGUGACGGUCAUGGUUUACUGGAGGAAAACACGCUGACGUCUCAGGAAGUGCCCUUGGUGAAAUCAAAGUGCUCUUAAAAUUUGUACAUUUCUCUGGGAACGGGUUAAUGUUAAACGGGUUAAUAUGCUAUGUCCUGUGCAGUAGAUUUGACUUUGGGGUAAUGGUGACAUAGUAAUCUUGUUUUUAUAUGUUGAAUUGAUCUGAGAAGGAACAGUUGGUGCCUUUUGGUACUGUACUCCACACUGAGAAAGUAUUUAUUAGUACCAAUGUGAAACUGUAUUUUUCUAAAAAUAUUUUUCUAUUGAUCAAAAAAAGAACCUUGUAAAGUGUUUUAUUGAACAAUGUUUUUUGAGCAUUAGAGGUUUUAUUGAAGCCCUAAUCUUCUAUUGAUUUGGAAUUAAAAGUAAGCCACUACAAUUUUUUUCACAGCUCUAAAUAUAUAUUAUUUUUAUGUAUCUGAAUGGAACAAAUGUCUUUUAAAUUGUGGCAAACAUGCACACGUGUUUAAUAAAAAAUACUUUUGCCAAAGCAA